AUGAAUAGUGUACAAAACUCAGUUGACGACGAUCAAGAAAAUAAUCAAUCAAUGAGGAGAAACGCGCAGCAGAGAAAACUCUCGUACCGAAGUCUAUUGAGUAAAGUUGAGGGGAUACAAGAAUCCGAAGAUGUAGGCCUACAGUCAGUCAAAGACAUUGGAGAUGUGAUACGUGAAGCCAAUUCACUUGAUACAGAGUGUAAUAUUGAUGACAGAGUUGACCAAGCUGAUGAGACUCUUUUGGACUGCAUGAUACUCUCAUCAGCUAGUAGUUUAUUGAAAAGAUGCAUAGAAGCAGUUGAUGUUUUUACCUCAACAUAUGAACAGAGUGAAUUCUCAAAUAAAAUAAUUGGACAUAUUCAAGAUGAAGAUAGUGAGGAAAUGAAAGAUACAGAUUUAUUGAAACUUCUAGAAGAUUCUAGGGUGAUCAUACCAAAAAUACCUGAUUACUAUUAUGUGUAUGGAUCAUAUGAUUUAAACAAUUUACCACAACCUAAACCAAAGAAAGAAAGAGUGAAAGCAACCAAAGAAAAAUUGCAAAAGAAAGAACCAGAAAAAAUUACCACUGUUGAAAAGGAAGAAGAAGGGAUAGAGGAAAUUGUCAAAGUACUAUAUGAUGUUCUGCUAGUGAAAUAUAAUGAAAAUGAUAGGGAGCCUAUCAAAUAUUAUGAUUAUAUCAUGGAUACUGAUGAUUUUGCCAAUACUGUGCAAAAUAUGUUUUAUUUUGCAUUUUUAAUCAGAGAUGGCAGGGCUCAUAUUGAUCUUGACAGUAGAGGGGAACCAAUAAUAAAACCAAUUGGGAAAAGAGAUUUAAAAGCAUUCAGAGAUGAUGGUGGUGUCAAUACUCAAAUCAUAAGUUCUAUCAACAUGGAUCAGUGGCAGAAAUUCCAGAAACAAGGAUAUUUGCAGCAGCAUAGAAAAGAACAAUCCACACCAUGA